CACAUUCACGCAUUCACACACGCUGACACGGGCGCGCUCACAAGCGCGUGCUUCUGCCCACUGCCCCUCACACAGACCCUUCACUGGCACCCUGGAGGGCAGACCCUCGCUCCAGUGCUGUCCUCACCUCCCAAGCAGCCACCAGCAGCAAGAAGAAGCACACCUCAGCAUCCAGACUCCACCACCUGCGUGUGAAGGUUACCUGUGAACCGCCCUGAAGCUUGGUGUUUAGGUACACAGCAUCUCAUUUGGCUGUACCAAAUUGUUGGCGGUUGAUGCAGCAACACAAACAGGGUCAAGGACUAACGCAGGAAGACUUGGGAGAGCAACAAACAUCGGACUCCACUCCAUUGGCCCCAUUCUGACAGUCCUUCUCAGCAUCUGUGUGGGUAAGGAGAGGAACAGGGAGAGAGAAAAAAAGAAGGCAUCAUUUUCUGACGCCAGCCUGAAAGUGCUGAAGGUUUUAUCCCAUCACACAUAUUUUGUAUGGACUAUUAACUUGCCCUCAGAGACAAAACAAAGUUGCUAGCCACUAACAUCUUUCCAACAUCAUGGCAACUACGGGCAUGCAGCUUCUGGGCCUAGUCCUGUCCAUCAUCGGCUGGGUCGGCGGCUUCCUGGUGUGCACACUUCCAAUGUGGCGGGUCACCGCCUUCAUCGGCAACAACAUCGUGACGGCGCAGAUCACGUGGGAGGGCCUGUGGAUGAAUUGCAUUGUGCAAAGCACAGGCGAGAUCCAGUGCAAGGUGUACGACAGCCUGCUGGCCUUGCCCAGCGACAUGCAGGCGGCCCGCGGCUUCACCGUGCUCUCCGUGCUCCUGUGCUGCCUGGGUAUCACCCUGGGCGUGCUGGGCAUCAAGUGCACCAAGUGCGUGGGUCACCCAAGCCUGGAGGCACGCCUGGCCCGUAUCUCCGGCGCACUCUUCGUCAUCGCGGGGUUCCUCUACAUUGUGCCCGUCUGCUGGGCCGCCCACUCCAUCAUCAGGGAUUUCUACGACCCAUACGUGGCCGCCCCACACAAGCGUGAGCUGGGCCCCGCUCUCUACCUGGGCUGGGGGGCCUCGGCCCUGAUGCUCAUCGGGGGCUCACUGCUCUAUGCUGGCUCCAGCCCCCCGGGGAUUCCUUCCUCACCCACCUUCAGUAGCGGUGACAGUAGCCCCCGCCGGGGAGGGGGGGCCGGGCAGGUCAAAGGUUACGUCUAACCCCGACGAACAGCACCUCUCACCCCAGGGAUCCUCUCUAUUAGUAUUCCCAAUUGUAAUAGAUUGAAUUUUAAUGUUCCUGUAUGAUAUUUUGUAUCAUGAUCACGGCCUUGGUUACAGUCCAAUGGAGGUUGUGAAGAGAAAUGUGAAAUCAUGUAAUUAUUCCACCUCUUAUGUCCUCCUAUAACCUUGUCUAUGUGUGUGUAUAAAACAAUAAAGUCCUCUGUCCUUCAAAA